GUCCAACCAAUCAGAGAAAAGGAAUUAACUAAUUGGGGAAGAAACUCAGUGACUCAUAAAGGAGAAUGGUAAUCUGAUUAAAAAUUCUGUCUACCCAUCCUUCGAUAAAGCUCAUGGAAGGAAAUAUAAAUAAAUCAUUUCAAAAUAAUCAUACAAAUUUCCUUUCAUAGUGUAUACCCUGUGAAUUCCAUAUAUAAACAGCGAAUUCAUUCCAUCUACACUCAUAACCAAAAUAAAAUUCUCAAUCAUUCAGUCAUGUUUAACAACUCACGCAACAGGGAGAGUUAUUACAAUUACUCGGGUAACGAACUACUUACUACAUAUUUUCACAACAUACAACACUCAAAUGACGAUGAUUACCAUGACAAUCAUAGAAAUAUAUUCAAGUAUUCAUAUCAGAAUGCAAGACACCAACAACCAACCACUUCAACUGAAUUGCCAUCACCAGCAUCUCUAUCGUCAUCAUCAUCAUCGCUAUCACCACCAGCAGCAGAAUUGCCAUUACAUCCUGUAAAUUUACCUCAAAAACGUGUGGUUGCCAAUCUGAGGGAACGCAGACGAAUGCGCUUAAUCAAUCGGGCUUUCAGUGGGCUACGUUCUCGCUUACCUGAAGAGUUAUUCUACUCCUCAACUACCUUAUUCAACCCUACGUGUGAUUCUGUCGUAUACAACAACCAGAAUCCUAUCGUCAUACGGAAAGAUAACGAGGUGACUAACAGAUGGUCACAGAGAAAUACUAACCCAGUACACUCAUAUCUUCGUAAAUUGUCAAUCUCAAAGGUCGACAUACUGAGGGCUGCAAUCAACUACAUCCAUCUACUUCAAAAAAUGCUGAAUGAAGUGGACUGUAAUCAUUCAGCUCAAGGAUAUAGUGACAAUUUCAAUCAAUUUAAUGCUGUUGAGUUGAAGGCUAUGAAUUCAGGGGAUGCUAGUCAGUCGAGUAGCAGUUCAUUUUACAAUAUUGAUGAAUCAGUUGGACAACAAUUACAUUCGAAUUUAGUGAGUUUGACAGUUAUCAGAACAAAAUCAGAUUACUGUUCACUAUAUGUUCAUCGAAAUCAAGGAUUUCAAAAUGAGACAUUUAACCUAAUUAAAAAACAGAUCCCAUCGCAUGUUUGCUCAGAUAUGACAUCUUCAGCUAACUCCAACGCUUAUGAAAAUACCAAUGCCAACUUGACUGACACGAGUGGAACAGUGUGUGAAAGUUGUAGAAGAAUCCGAAAUUCCACACGUCUAGUCCGAUGCAAACAAACAUGGUGGCCAAAAAUCUAUAAAUCUGUGUAUUCUUGUACAUGAUUCUAUAAGGUGAAAUUAAAUGAGCA